AUGUACGGCCUCAUACCCGACGACUGGGGCGCCUACGCCCGCCCCUGGGUCACCGAGCUCGCCGCGCCGCUCGAGUGCCUCAAGGCGCUCCACCUCCGCCGCAUGGUCGUCACGGACAACGACCUCGCCGAGCUCGUCCGUGCCAGGGGCCACAUGCUGCAGGAGCUCAAGCUCGACAAGUGCACCGGCUUCUCCACGGAUGGACUCCGCCUCGUUGCCCACUCCUGCAGGGAGAAAGCAUGGUUUUCAAGUUCAGUGAAGUCGAGAUUGCAGUACUUAGGACCACAGCCAGGCAUUCCAGUUCUAGAUGACGAGCACGUUAAGGGCGUUCAUCUCGAUCCAUUAGCUGGCCCAGUAGAUGCCUUUUGCCUUAUGGUUCUUGAUCCGGAAAAGAGAAAAAGGCCAACUCAGUUCCCCUUGGAAAUAGUUAUUUUGCAGUAA